ACCUUCGAUUAAUUGAGUAUUUCCAUUUGGACUCAACUCCAAUUAGCAUACAGCUAUCGCUGUUAUCGAAAAUGUUGAAGUGUAGCAGUACGACCAUGAGGAGCUGCUCUGCAAAGUGGGGAGCAGCUCUGUUUAGUGAAAAUAAAAAACAAAUGCGGCGCCUGUUACAAAAUACCAAUGGACAAAUAUUACUUGUCUCUCAAAUUGUGACCAGACAUGUGGGUAGCAGCAAUGCAUCUGGCGACGCCGUGCACCGGACAAAAAAGGAGCUUCGAAAACCACACCAGCAAGCAACUAAUACUAUCAGCAGAGAAGACAAAUUUGGUGCUAAAUAUUGCAUGGGCCUUGUGGAAAAAUAUGAUUAUGAGAACUAUUUGAGCACCUUGCUGCUACCAAAGGAGUUGCGCCCCUCGGCGUUUGCAUUGCGUGCUUUCAAUGUCGAGGUCUCCAGGUCCGUGGGCGCUCAGGUCACCGAGCCACAAAUAGCCAAAAUGCGCUUAAAGUUUUGGUAUGACUCUAUAGACAAGUGCUUCGAGACAGAUGCCAACAAAUCUUAUGUCAAGGAUCAGCCGGUGCUGCGUGAACUAAAACGCACCGUAGGCAGCUCCAAGCUAAAUAAGUUAUAUCUACGGCGGAUGGUUACCGCACGCGAACGACCGCCCAAUCAGGCGUUUGAGACGAUGCGCGAUCUAGAGGAUUAUGCGGACCAGACAUGCGCCUCACUGCUGCAUCUGCUGGUGCAACUGAGCGGUGUUCAGGACAUGCAGGUGGACCAUGCCGCCUCUCACCUGGGCAAGGCUCAGGGCAUAACCAUGCUGUUGCGUGCCAUACCCCAUGCUGGGCGACAACAAGCCGUGUCCGUGCCGCUCGAAGUGCUUGUCCGGCAUGGCGUCAGUCAAGAACGCAUCUUGCGGAGCGAUCGAGAGGACAAGGGCGUCGAGGAGUGUAUCUUCGAGGUGGCCAGUUUGGCCAACACACAUUUGAAAUUAACACGCCAGUUGCUCCCUCAAAUGCCACGACUUGUGCGAAAAAUCUUCCUGCCCGCCGUUGCAACUGAUGGCUACUUAGAGCGUCUGCGUCGUGCCCACUUUCUGCUAACGCACCCUAGCUGCGUAAAACGGGACUCCUUGUUGCCGGCUCGCCUCUUCUGGAAGACGAUAUUUAACAAAUAUUAAGCUAAUUAGUUUACAACAUGUUGAAAUUUGUUUAUUAUUAAAGGCAGUUAUAUAAAAUUCAA